GUGGCAAGCAGCCGGCGGCGCCCCACCAGCCCCUGUCCCCGCAGAGGCGCCGCCCGCCGCGGUCGAGACGCCCGCGCCCGUCGAAGAGCCCGAUGAGGCUCUCGCAGCCAGGGACUGGCUCGACCACUUGUAUGCGGCCUCGAGACUGGCCAUCCUGUUCUCGCUGGUCUAUCUGUACGGCAGCCCGGCGAGACUGUUCCUCGUAAUGCUGUUGGCAGCUGCUGGCUAUCUGCACCAGAUCGGUUUCUUCCGCGAUCUCCACGUGAACCCCGCAGAGAACCAGCGCCGCAACGAGCAACCCAACCAGGCGGCCGACAACCGCAACCAGCCCGCCGACGAGGCCGCCCCGCCGCCCACCAACAACGACAACCAACAGUCCCUGCUCUCAGUCACCUGGAUGAUCUUCAUCUCAUUCUUCGCAUCCCUCAUCCCAGACACGAAUUAAAUCCUCACAUUAAUUUACUUGGCGAAAUUGAGUCUAUGAGACGUAAAAAUAUGUAUGUUAAUGCUGAAAGCUAAAAAUAGAGGGGGCUUCUUUUGAGUUCGUGUUGGUCAAAUAUGAGGGUAUUAUUGGUUGAGCGGAACUAAUCGUUUUGAUAGAGAAAAAAAUUACGUUUCAUCAUUGGAUUGUUGAUCAAGUUUGGUUAACUUGAACGGAAUUGUAUUUCUUGAUAGGUCUGAAAAGCUAUUUACUGACCAUUUUUUCCGCCUGGCCCGCAAUAUUUCUAGUGGCCGUUCAUCAAGCCAGUUUAAAAGUAUCGUCUUUAAUAAAGCACUCACAUUUAAAGACGCAAGUGCAUCGUCGUUUUAAGUUCAAAAGUCAUAAAAGUGGGGCGUACACAUUUUUUGGAUAUUGAUCAUAAACUUUCGAUAAAAAUACAUCAUGUCAGGAUGAUGAAAACAAACCAAUUGGAUGUCAUAGUUGUAAUCCCAGUGUUAAGGUCUUUUUGAGCUAACAUUUCAUGAAAUUUUACAAUGAAAUACUAGUACUAAAAUCGUGAAAUAGUACUAAGUUAGCGUGUGAUAAUAAUGUUGCAUUAGCAUCAUGUUUACAAUAAUUUUAUUAAUAUUAUUUUAUCAAUUAGUAAAAAAUACCAGAAAAUCAAUUUUGGUCACCCUAAUGUUGGGUGACCAUGAUAAAAAAAGAAUAAUUAUAAUUUGUGAAUAUUACAAACCUAAGUUACCUCUACUCGGACCUUUUUGUUAACAUUUGACAAUAAUAAAAAUGGUUUCAAAAAUGCUUCUUUUAGAAAUAAAUAAUUAUCGCCAAUGUGAAGCCGCCAUAUUCUAUUACGUAACAUGUAUGAGGCUGAAAUUUCGAUGGCAUUAACCAUUUAUUUUGCAUGAAAAUUGUAAAGUUUGAUCGGUAUUUAAAAUAACCCACAGAAACUUAAAUCUGUACGAAACAACACAACCUACCCUAUUGAUAACUUUUUAAAAUAUUUAGGCAUUGUUUAAGCUUUCCAGUAUUUGUCCUCUACUGAAAAGAGGAUGUCUUAAACAUUAUUUAAAUAAUUGAAUGAGUAAAGGGUGUCGUAAUCUAACUCAUAAAAAUAGUUAGAAACAUUAGUGAGAUAUUUAAAUAUUAAUUUAUAGCUUGCUUGGAAUGUAUGGGAGAAUGGAGUAGUACUGUGCACAUUUAUAUUAACAUCUAAAUUCAUAUGGGAUUUUAUAAUGACGUGACUUUAAAAUUGUUGUCAAAGAAACCAAUUUGACCUUGUUCAACAAGUACCUACGUUUUAACGCAGUUGGGUAAAAAUUUAAACUCAAUUCAAAAUUUUUGUUUUUAACAAUAUCAUCAACAGCAGGUUUCAAAACCGAAAUGUGUGCAGUAACUCUUAGUUGUAAAAGUUUUGAAAAACAAAAAUUUCGGUGUACUGAAAUGAAACCAAAUAUUAUUUUGUAUAUACUCUUGCUAAUUAUAGUGAAUGUAACUUAGUUUAAAUGAUAAUUAUAGUGUAGAGGUCUGCGCUAGUACCAGAAAUUUGAUGUGAACCUUACUCCGGAUUUAAACUACCAUAAGUGUUGAGACCAGGACAUAUUGAAUGCGUAAGAAUUGUUCUAUGUCAUUUUACGUAUAAUCUACAUGUCAAAGUCAUAUUGAAAUUAUGUAAAUAUGAAGUCAAAAAUGUUUCACGUGUUAAGGCAAAAUAAUGAAAUAAAUUAAAACAAACCUUUUUUAUUACAAUUUUCUUACAUAGGUCAAAAAUACUUAAUCCGGAGUAAUACCUCAAAACUGCAAGUAGUACAGUAGACUGUUAAGGCGUGGAAUGUAUUAAGAACACAAAAACAUUAAACUAAACGUUUUUGAUUGAUUAUUGACUUGUUUCUUGAGGUCCUUCCCAGCUAUGGGCAUCCUGGCUUCCAAAUGCCUUAGGCUUCUUUAUAACAUGAAAAACUCUGCCCUAAAGUUCUGCCUUUUCUACUCAUCCCCUAAGAGGCAAAGCGUGAUAUUAAAUAGCAGUUACGUUUCUCUACAAUUGGGGCUAGGAUACAAAAACAACUACAUAUUUGAAUAUACAACUCAAUUUCGAUAGUACUGUGAGUUUAAUGCUUGUGUGAUUUUAGUAACGGCAAAUAAAUGUUUAGAUCUAUACAUGUCUUAGUGGUUGAAUGUAGUUGUGGGCAAGUAACUUGAAUGUUUGCUAUACGAAUAUCAUUUUUAAUUUAACCGACUACAAAAAGGAGGGCUACUCAAUCCAGCCGCUUUUUUUUGAGAAUUUGUUUCGAGUUACUUGCCGAUAACUAUAAAUAAAAAUAGCUAACAAUACGUUUAUUACCUUUAUCAAUGUAAUAGUAAUACCUAUGUUGCCAAUUUAAAAAUAAAACUUGUAUUCCGAUUUACCCCAAUUAUGUAGCCCAUUGUAUAAGUGUUUAGGCAUAAGUCGAUUUUCAUCUAUAUUUUAAAUUUUAUAAGGAAAUUGGUCGUAACAUAUAUACACUUUGGAUUAUAAUAUGUGAAAUAAUUAUAGGGAAAAUAUGAGAGUAGAUAAUUUAAUCGAUAAAUGUUAAUUAGGCUUUUACUGGUGUCUGUCAUAUUUUUCUCCAUUGGUCAUAAGUAAUUCCAAUGUCACUAAACUCUAGAUAUGAACUCUUAAAACAGGGCCAUUGCCGCUGUGUAAGCGAGAUGCAAUACAUGCAGCUAAUAGCGUCGUCUCGUUCCCACACUAACUGAAGUGAUUGCAGCUCUUACUUAACCUAGUAACAUAUUUAAAUGUCUUAAUUAAUGUUGUGAAAUAUAUAUUCUGGCCUUUUCUAUCUAGUUUCGUAGAAAAUUUGUAUUAUUACUACUACCGUGGUGUCAGCUAUAUUCAAAGUUUACAAAGAUGCAUUUUUAUCAUUAAGAUCUUAGUUUAACUAGCAAUGUAAUACAGAUCAUGUGUACACUGUGAUAAGGUUUGUUUUUGUUGGCAUCCUAUCGUGAAUAAAAUUGAAUUGUGAA